AUGAGUCCCCACAGCGAGAUUUCUUUCUCUGGAUCAGAUGCUCCGGUCUCCAACGGCACCAGCAAUGGUACCAACGGACAUUCUAACGGUACCAACGGUAUCAGAAACAGUCACAUGAAUGGCCACAGCAAUGGUAACGGUGCUCCCUCGGCCGUCCGCCAUGGACCUCGCGUUCAUAAGGAGAGAUCGCGUUAUCUUGAGACAGCCCCCGCAGACGCAGAAUUUGAUCUCAUCUGUGCCGGUUUCGGCCCUGCUUCUCUGGCCGUGGCCGUCGCUAUGCACGAUGCCAUUGCCGAGGGCAGGAAUCUUCGCCCUGACGGCACACCUCCCAAGGUUCUCUUCCUUGAGAAGCAGCCCAAGUUCGCAUGGCACGCCGGCAUGUUGCUCCCUGGAGCCAAGAUGCAAAUCUCAUUCAUCAAGGAUAUGGCUACUCUCCGCAAUCCACGAUCCGAGUUCACUUUCCUCAACUACCUCCACAGCCAGGGCCGUCUAGUUGACUUCACCAACCUGGGCACUUUCCUGCCUGCCCGUACUGAGUACGAGGACUACCUCCGCUGGUGUUCCUCUUGGUUCGACCACGUCGUUAACUACAACAACGAGGUUCUUUCCAUCUCCCCCGAGAGCAAGGAGGCUGGUGCCGUCAAGAUCUUUACGGUCCAAGCCCGCAAUGGCAAGACUGGACAGAUCCAGUCUUUCCGCAGCCGACAUGUUCUUGUUGCCGCUGGUGGUCAGCCCUCCCUCCCCAAGAGCCUUCCCGCAAAGCACCCUCGCGUUCUGCACUCUUCCCAAUUCGCCAACUACGCCCCUCAGAUUCUUACCAAGCAGAACGCUCCCUACCGAGUUGCUGUCAUCGGUGCCGGUCAAAGUGCCGCCGAGAUCUUCAACAAUGUCCAGAACCUGUACCCCAACUCCAAGACCUACCUCAUCAUGCGCCAGGAGUUCCUCCGUCCCAGUGAUGACUCUCCUUUUGUAAACUCCAUCUUCAACCCUGAGUACAUUGACAACCUGUGGCCACGAUCUGUUAAGGCCCGUGAGACCCUGCUGACCGAGGCUCGCGCGACAAACUACGGUGUUGUUCGUCUGGAGCUUAUUGAGCACCUUUUUGAGAAGAUGUACGACCAGAAGCGCGAGAUUAGCGACGAUGAGACCCAGUGGCCCCACCGAAUCCUUUCAGGACGCGAGAUUGCCAGCGUCGACACCAAGGGCGAUGCUCUCGAGAUCAAGGUCCAGCGCGUAAACGAUGGUCCUCUCGACGGCUUCGUUGAUCAGGAGAUUUUUGAUGUUGACUUGAUUAUCGCUGCUACUGGUUACAAGCGAAGCGCCCACAUCGACAUGCUCAAGGAUGCCUGGACGAUGCUCCCCAAGACUGUAUCGGGACGCAACGAGUCCCUCAAGGGAGCCAAUGGCUGGAACGUUGAGACACAAGAUGGCGAGCGCAAGCUGGCUGUCGGAAGAGAUUACCAAGUCAAGUUCUCUCCUGGCACCGUUGCCGAUGACUCUGGUGUCUGGUUGCAAGGCUGCUGUGAGGGUACCCACGGAUUGAGCGAUACACUUCUCUCUGUUCUGAGCACACGUUCAGGCGAGAUCGUUCAGUCUAUCUUCAAGCAAUAA